AUGUCCGCUCCUACCACCAUUAUCUUCGGCCCUACCGGCCACGUCGCCUCCGCCGCAGCCAUCACGGCACAACAGCUCGGUGCAAAGGUGGUUCUCGCAUUGCGCGACACCACAAAGCCCAUUACAGGCCUGACCGACGAUCAAGAAAAGUCAGGAGGUUUCGAGCGUGUCCAGGCCGAUCUCAACAAACCGGAAACCAUCCAAGCCGCCGUCCGCGCAACCGGGGCCAAACACGCCUUUAUCUACCUUGCCUACGGCAGCCAAGACAACAUGCGCGGGACCAUCGAAGCACUCAAGACUUCUGGCGUUGAAUUCGUGGUCUUCCUGAGCAGUUUCUCUGUCCAGGGAGAUCUCAAGAGCAUCGAACCGACAGCUUUCAUCCCAUACCUCCAUGGACAAGUUGAGCUCAACCUGAAAGAAGUUUUUGGUAGUGAUGGUUACAUCGCUCUUCGACCUGCUUUCUUCAAUACGAAUGCGAGAUGGUGGGCGGGUAUGAUUCGCGAGGGUGAAGUCAAGAUUGCCUACCCGAAUAGCUGCUUUGACUGGAUCUCUCCGGGCGAUAUUGGCCGUGUUGCUGGGAAAUUCCUUGCCCAGGGGAUUCAGGCAACAUCCGGUGCCCAAGAGCGCAACUUUGUCACUCUUUGUGGACCGAAGUUGGUGUCACAGGGCGAUGCUAUGGGUAUCUUUGGCAGGGCGAUUGGCAAGGAUGUUAAAGUCACGGAGGUGGAUGCGGAGGAGGGUACCAAGAUCUUGAUUGAAGGUGGUGUGCCGGACUUUGUUGCAGGGCCUUUGGUCAAGGCUUUGGCUGGCGCUAGUCAGUAUGAAGGGGAGAGGUAUACGGAGGGAGUUCAGAAUCUCAAGAAGUAUGCCGGGCAGGUCACUAGUUUGGAGGAGUGGGCUGCGGCUAACAAGGAGGUAUUCGGUGUUUGA